UCUUGAGUCGUCGUGCAAUGCAUUUACAGUACCCAUAGGCCUACAUUUGGACGCCGAUUUUUGGAGUUGUUGUGCAUUCGACAGAGAACUUGGCAUCGGUAGCGUUGUGUCACAACUUUGAAAUGUUGACUGCUGGCUAAACGGGAAAGACUGGGUUGUGCUGGCGGCGUAUUGGAACAGAGCAGCGACUGUUGUGUUGAUGAAGAGUUGGAGAUAGAAGUGGGAGUUCCAGAAUUCAUAAGAACGCAGAGUAGCCUAAUGGAUCACUGAACGAAUGAAAAGUCUACGGUAUAUUUUGUACGGUAUAAGUAAUUUUUUAAAUCCCUAAUAAAGACUGAUGAAAGUUGUCAGCUGCUCGGAGGGCCAGAGCCAUUCAUGUCCGAAGGAUUUAGUUAAACCGAUGCAGCUAGACAUGGAAGAGAAUGGGUCCCAAGGAACUCCACGACGAUUCUCUGGCUCUAGAGUGUCAACCAAAAGCAAGGCCCCCUCUCCCCCAUUAUCAGUGAAGGGCCUGGAUGGUGCAGGCCUCUCCCAGAGACAUUCUGUAUCAGGAUAUCCUCUGAUGACCAUGGACCAGAAGGAGAACCUACUUGAACAGGACCUGACUCUGGUCGUGGUUCUGCCAGGCGGAGUGGAGAAGACGGCCACUGUCCAUGGCAGCAAGCCUAUGAUGGAUUUGUUAGUCAUGCUUUGUGCCAAGUACCACCUGAACCCAUCAGGCCACACUAUAGAGCUCGUCACCACCAACAGAAACCACAUCAAGUUCAAACCCAACGCUUUGAUCGGGGCACUAGAGGCAGAGAAGGUUCUGCUCAAGCCUAAAGGAAUGGAGGAAAAGCAUAAGAAGCCUGGCCCUCAGAUGCCAGAGGCAACUGUCCGUCUGGUAAUAAACUAUAAAAAGACCCAGAAAACUAUACUAAGAGUCAGCCCUCGAGUCCCCCUUGAAGACCUCUUACCAGCUAUUUGUGAGAAAUGUGAAUUUGACAGACUGAGCACACUUUUAUUGAGAGAUGCCCAAUCUGAGGAUCCUUUGGAUUUGACCUGUUCUCUCAAUGAUUUUGCAAUAAGGGAGGUUUAUGCAAGGGACACAACAGCUAUGUACUCAGCAGAUGUACCUGCCUCACCUACUACACCAACUCAUCAAGGUCAUCGAGAUACCAUUCCACCCAGUGAAGAUAAAACCCAGAAGGAGAAAGAAAACAAGGGAAUGUUCAGUCUAUUCAGGAGAAGUAAGAAAAAACCUGAGCAGGGAAUGACUGCCAGUGCCCCGGCGUCCCCAGUCUUCCCUAGCAAGCCUCGACCUCUCAGCAUGAGCUCACUCAGUGCCCACUCCUCCACAUUCAACUGCAGCACCAUGCCUUCUGACAUGCCAAAGAAGAGACGGGCUCCUCUGCCCCCCAUGCUGGUGUCCCAGAGCUGCCCCUCUAACCUGAGCCAUCGUCAGAGGUCCAUCUCAGCCUCGGAGCCCGAAACCCAAACGGACAGUGACCAGAUUACUGGUCUGAGUCGCAGCACAGAGUCUUCCUUGAAGAGGACAAAGCGCAAGGCUCCUCCACCCCCCGCAUCUCCUGGAGUGGUAGUCCAAGAUGAAGCUUCGCUAGAUAGAGGUGGCCAACCUACUACACUGGAAGAGAUUAUGGAGCAGGAGGAGACAACUGCCUCUGUAGUCCUAGACUCUAUGAGUGAUGUCCAGGAGGACGACAGCAGCCUCAACCUGUCAACAGCAGACAUCUCUGUGGACUCUGAGAGAACCGAGGGUGUCUCUCCACCCCCGGACGCCCCGCACGCUGAGAUGGAGAACUCCCCACCACCCGAGAGCGAGUACCCAGCGGGGGAAGAUCAGUCUUGUGAUCUGUCCUCAGAUGGCAAAUUAGUGCACAGCAUGGUGAAAAACGCUGAGUGCACGGUUCCCAUGCUGAGUGUGGAGAUGGACAUAUCUGAAGCAGCAGAUGUUGAAAGCCCUCCAUACCAAGCUGAGGAAAUAAGUGGUCAGACAGGUUUUCCAUGUGAAGAUUCCACAACACAAGAUGGGGCCAAAGGUGAAUGCAGUACUGAGAGCUCUCCUACUAUCAACCCACCAGCAGCCCAGCCGGUGACACAGAGCACAGGAACACAGGCCUCAGAUCAUCUGGACUCUGACCCGUCCUGUGAUGAACGACCAGUGGCCACCAGCACCCCCUUUCUCCCUGCUGAAGAUGCCCAGGUCCAAACUAAUCUCACGCCGCCAUGUCCCGUGUCACCACCCCAACAACAGGAAGUGCCUCCCCCUGCCAAAGCCUCUACCUCUGGAGCGGUGGGGCAGAAGAGGGACAUGUCCACAUCCACAGAGGAGCUGCUGACCACUGCUGAACCCAUCACACCUGCCUUAUCUCCUGCCUCUGCAGCCCAUCAGGGCCAAAUGUCCACUGAAAGUGCCCCAGCCCCACCGAAGCCAUCCAAUGAGCUGACCAGGGACUACAUCCCCAAGGUGGGGAUGACUACGUACACUAUCGUGCCUCAGAAGACUCUGGAGAAACUGAGAUACUUUGAGGUGGCGCUGACGUUGGAGUCCCCUCAUGUGGCUCUAGAGAAGGAAGUAGACAUUGGUUCACUUGAACUCAAAGACUGCACUACACAGGCUGAGCAGUUACAGGUCAGAACAGAACAGACAGAGCUGCCGUCUACUGUACCUAGGGAAGACUCUCAGUUUCAGCAAGUCCACAGCACUACUACUAGUGAGAGCACUGUAAAUGGCAACGUGAUCGAGUCUAUUCACUCCCCCUCAACACCAACAACAAUACUUCCUGCAAGAGAUGACAAGAUUCCAUCCCCUGCUAGUGGUGGAGACCAAGCAGGCUCAAUAGCAGAGGUCAAGGAGAUGAAAAUUCCACCCGCAACUAAACCCAAGCCUGGCUCUUUCCGCUUGCCGCAGCACAAAAGAACACCUGGUUAUUAUGUAACCUCAGCUGCAGUGAAAAGUUUGAGUGCCAGUCCUGACGCUGGCCAGAGGGAGGCUCCAGGCAGUCUAGUGGCAGCAGCAGCGCAGGCCCUGCAGCCAGUAGGGGGCAGCUUCCCCCCUCCUCCUCCUCCGGUGCAAUGGGACGAGGAGACAUCAGAGGGCGCUGAAGUAAUUGAUGUAGAGCUGAGGCCAAAGGAGGAAGAGAACAGAAGUGUACCCCCUCCACAGCCCAGUCCCUUCAGGGCGCCCCCAUCCCCAGGACUGAGCCUGGAGAAACUGAGGAGUUUUACUGCUCCCAAACCCUACUCUCCUACUACCCCAUCCCGCUUUGCCCAAGCUGUAUCUUCGGCGGUCAAAAGGUCCCAGUCCUUAUCCACUGGGUCCACCUCACCAUCUCCUCGCUCGCCACCAUUCUACCCAUUCACAAGCCGCUUUUUAGUUAAAGAUCCUAAAGGAACAGAUAGGGAUAAGGAGCCCGAUGUCCUGCCCUCAAGUCUGUCGGUGCCUGAGCCCAGGAAAGAGGAAUAAAAACUUUGUUUGAUAGUUUUAAGACCUCUGUUGCUAGUCUUAACAACAACCUACAAACUAUAAAAGACUACUUUUCUGUUUUGUUAUGAGAUAAAUUACUGUAUGUCCUCCACAUAAUUUUUGUUAUUAUGAAAUAAUUGUAUAUGUAUUUUUCCCAAUUGUGUUUGAAAUUUGAUUCAUAUUGGACUUUUCAGCUGUCUUAUUUUGUCAACAAAUAUGUAUAUUAUUAGUUUUAAUAUUGAGUUGUAAUUUUCGAGGAAAUACAGUAGCCUAUUUAGUACUGUAUAUAAUUUUGAAGAGGUCAAUAAUUGGACUGACCUGAAAGUGGUACUUAUAAAUUCCUCAGUCCAUUUUUUAUUUUAUGUUACUCAUUUGGUUUUUAUAAAGCUGUGCCCGGACAUACACUGGUAUGUAGAGAUUUCUCUAAACAUAUAAUGCUGUUAUGAAUAAAAGUAACAUUCACAGUAUAUUAAAGUAUUAUAUUGACAAUCAAA